AUGGCCAACUCUACCCUUGUCCCUAGUACAUUUGCUCUGAGCAACGACGUCGCGAUAGAAGCAGUUCUGAGUGACAUUCCGCUAUUAUGCAUAGGAAUACUUGGCAUGGGCGCAUUUACCGUUUUUCUACUGCUGAGACGUGUAAACCUCUUCGCCAGCUAUCUUUUCGCAUCUUCCUUUCUUGCGUUUGGCGCCGCUGUUCUUGACCUUAGCCAGAUCUUAGCUCGUGGCGACGUAAAUACCGACAAGGAUGGUCUGGCUACAGUCUCUGGCUUUUUCAACGCAAGAGAAAUAUUUCUUGCUCUAUCAGUUGGAUUUAUUUAUAUUUUAUUUUGGACACUUGUCGCCCAGUGUCCGCCAGAGGAAUCCUCUCGACUGCUAGUCGAUAUCAAAGGGCGACACGACGCUAGAGACCCCUUGCACAGCGCUAGUUGGCGUCGCUGGGGGUUUAUUGGAAUAACUCUCAAGUGGAUAUCUCUUUUGGCAUCGAUCAGCAUUCCUCUUUUGCAAAUCUUAUGGAGGAUUGUUAUCAGCCAGCGCAAGUACGGAAACCUCUAUGUGGCAGAAUCAACGAUUGAAACUGUUGUGUCAGCUAUAUUUAUUCUUAAAUUGCUGCUUAAUAUUUACUCAAGCCCGUUAUCAUCUCGCUGGCGGUCAUCUGGAAGAUAUGUGACAUCCAUAUUCUCCCUCAUCAUCAGCGCUGGUCUUGGUGUUGGCAACCUUAUCAUUUUUUCUUUUUCUGAAACAUCGCUGGGUCGAUUUCUUCGAGCGGUGGAAAUCUAUAUUCUGAUCUUGUAUUCCCUCGUCAUAACAUUUUCCACACUGCCUGCCCGGCAUAGACACUGCACUACCAAAGAAAGUAAUACCAAAAUAACGCCUUCCAGAGAUAUGGAUUAUUCUACAGGUUUCCCAAUGUUUUUAGAUCGGCGAAUCUCAAGCAUUUCAUUCAUGAGGGGCUCUCAAUCCGACCCAGCCAAAAAAAUGGGUUGGGAUCAGAAUCGGGAGCUUGGUUUGGCCCCUAGGAUUCCCUCUAUUGCACUAUACCCCGCCGUCAGCGUGGAUCAAUGGGAAGCCGAGAGCCCGCACUCCUCGGUUUCAAAGAAUAUAACCUCCUCGUCUGGCGGCAACAGUCCUUAUGAAAGAGGCGCCUACGGAGCAGUUAACAUAAACCGCCCCUUAACCGAUCUGUCUUUGACCUACUACACAAUGAAUUUGCGCACGCCUGAACCCGGAGAAAUGCAGGAGACGAUGAUUAAUGGGACUGAGACCCCGGAUUUAGCCCUGCAACAAGGAGAACGCGAUGAACGGCUUGACGCCAACGCAACUCUGCCUCCUAGCAGACCAGGCAGCAGCGUUAGCUCGUUUGAAGAGCUACUCCGUCGGCAAUCUGAGCUUGAUAGGAGCAUCGCCGCUCUUCGAUUGCUUUCUCCUCGCCUGGCUUUUUCAAAAGCGACGCCUCUUGCCCAUCAGACAAACGGGUCUUCCGAUCAAUUUGUUCCUCUCCCCACGACUCUAUCGAGGAAUACACUUACAGCUUCUUUAGUUACGAGCAAGCCGGAGUCAGCAUCCGCUCUUAGCGACUUUUCUCUCUCCAUUUUUCCAGACCCGCCUGCGCCAAGCAAUGUCCCUCUGCUGUCUUCAGGCGUUCCCGGGGAGACAACCUCACCAGAUGCCGCCCUCAAUGACGCGCCAAAUAAUAUUCAUACUGGUGUUCUUUCAGUUCAGGUUCCGAUACGGAGGGCAUCAUCCUCGUUGGCCCAGCAGGUCUCCAUCAGUGCGAUAUUCGACUCAGAAGGAACGCAAUAUGAUGUCACUUCUUUCGUUGGUGGACUGGCUGGGCCAACAAGGGGAGUCUUUCCUGAAGGUAAUUUCAGGGACCCCUCAUUCCUCGACGAAAUCGAUCUGGAGGAUGAAACUACUCCGACAAUCACGACAUCAUUUUCCGUCCCUUCUCGACGUCUGCGACCAAUGAUACUAGCUUCGACAGUUACACCCCGAGUGUCGUCUGACUCACCAUCGGAAGCCUCAGCAUCCCGUGCCCCUGACUCCAACCCAUUGACUGUUGACAGUAGCGUAGCGCCUAUGCCGCUGCGACCAUUCUUGCUGGGAACAUCAUCUCCAUUGAUGCCAUCGUCCACAAUGGUGCCUGUUGGGUUCCGCAGAAUUAGAGCAGUUUCUGGGAGAAGACCGACAAUCAGCGGCCCACGCCCCCCAACCCCUGACGGGCGAGGAGAUCAAGCGCCCGGCGCGUUUGAACGCCCGAGGCCUCCGCCGUUGAUUUUGAGUAACCCUAACUGGUAG